ACGGCGCAGUCCCUGUUUAGAACUUGACGUGUACGGAACUCGCUACGCUACGGCUCAGAACUCGAACGAUCCGUUUAGUUGAGUGCUUGAUACUUGCAAGGAUACCCGGAGGUGGGAGAAAGGAGACAUCAGCAUCGAGAGGAAGAGACACGUGGUGGUAGCGCGGAAAAGCCUAAAGGAAAAACACAGAAGGAGAGGCCUUUGGUCCUGACCAGAGCGAUCAGAGAGUACACACAUACGGAGAGCAGCUUUUCGACGAAGACCGCUUCGGUGAAUAGGAUAAAGUUUUUCCGCAUCUAAUGUGUGCCCCGCCCUGAGUUUCUACAGAGAACUGAAGGGAAAGUUCUUGCAUUUGAAUCGUCUGUUUUCUGUGAAAAUUGUUCUUUAUUGAAGCAUUCCGGAUUGCAGGAUCCGUUUAUUCACAAAAGCUUGCCCAUAGAUUGUGAUUUUUGAUAUAUUUCCGGCAAACUGCAGUUGGCGUGUAAAGGGAAAAAAACGAAUUGUGUUCAUUCAGUGAGAGCGAGAGUGUCUGUGACGGGAAUUAUUUGCCCAUAUAUCCUGCUAGACUCAGUUGUGCCGCAGUCGUCGACGAACACUAACGCGAAACCAAGAAGAAAAUCCGUGGAAAAAUCGGAACGCACACGACACAGACAAGUUGUCUAAAAGUGAAGAAAAUCAACCGAUUCGAGUGGUAAAUUAGUGAUUUUUCUGGGAUUGAAUCAGUGUCCUCAGACGUAAGCCAAAAUGUUGAUUGGAUUAGUCCGAGAUUCGGUUAUGCAGUGCUUCUGCCACACGUGCCGAGCCCCCAUUCUGCCGGCAGUCAACCGCCGGUCAGCGCCCACAAAGAAACCAACCAAAGCCCGCACCAAGCAGCCAAAAGCGUCCAAGAAAGUGAAAUUCAUCACAACCGAAAUCCGAUGCCAAGAAAAAUCGAAGGGUGGCCUGUGCUACGAGGUGAUUCUCGCCGAGCCCGCCGUCAACGUGACGCUACCGAAGCUUCCAGUGACGCCCGGUAAGGCUGCGUCUGCCGAAGAGAUCGAGGAAAAAUUGAAAGCCGCCGAGGAGCGACGUCUGUCGCUGGAGGCCAAGAAAAUGGCCGACUGGACCGCGAAGAUGGCCAAGAUUGAGGAAGCCACCCGCAAGAAGGAUGAAUUGGACAAGGAAUUCAAGACGCACGCGAAGGAAGUGCUGGAUUCCAAGAUGGAACAGUACGAAGGAAAACGGGAACAGCAAAUUCUGGAAAUUAAGGAGAAGUUGAAGAUGCAUGCAGCCGAAAUCGAGAAGACGCGACACAGCUUGGAACACACGAAAUCGGAAGAGCUGAAGGUUCAGCUGGAGGACAAACUGCGAACUGCGGCCUCGUUGCGUGACGAUAAGAUCAAGAAAAUUCUGGACCGGCUAAAGGAACACAACACUGACAAGCUGAACGAAGUGCGAGCCACCGUGGAUCUGCUCGAGUCACAGAAAUCGGAGGAGAAGACCCGCAUUAUCGAGAACAAAUUGUCCACCGCCGAGCAGAACCGCGAGAAGGAACUCCAGAAGAAGCUGGAAACCAUUCGCAAACACGAGCGACGCGCGGAAAUCGUGCGCCAGAACAAGGCCGCCCUAUCCACCCAGAAGAACGACGACACCAGCGUUACUGCAUCGUCCGGUUAAGGAUCCACUAGCGCCAUCGUACGAGCUUCCUUCUUUAUCCUCUCUCUCUUUGACAUACCAUUAUUGAAGAAAAAAAACACCGCUCCUCCUCCUCCCUAAAUCGGCAAACACUGAUUCUGAGCAGGAAAACAUCCUCCGGAAUACGAAAUGGCUCACGGAAAAUGGAACGUGCAAAACACAAAGUAGAACAACUAAGAGUUCAAUCACACCGAGUUAAAUAAAUAAAAAGAACGUUACAUGCAAAUAAUAACGAAAAAAAAAGUAUUAAUUGCCAGAAGCAAAAAAAAAAGAGAAUUGAUAUCAGUAGUAGCGUGCAAGAGCAAGCCAGCAAACAGCAAAGAAAACGCAAAGCAAAGCCGAACGCGUUAACAUCAAAACUGUUUAUUGAUUGAUGAUCUAGCCAUUUGAAGUACCGUGUGCAACCAAAAGAAGAUAGAUAGAUACAAACAAACAUACAACAACAAAUAAAA